AUGUCAACUGCUGAAUUUGAGCAGCGGAAGUUAGAAUUGUAUCUCAAGUUCGGUGAGGUGGAGGAUACGCCCACUCGUGAACAGUUAUCAAGCUUGAAAGAGAAGCUGGAUAGUGGUGCAGUACCUUUCGCAGAUUUAUCUAUCUUCACGGUUGAUCAGCAUGAGCGUCUAAAGAAGGCUCGCCUAUCUGCUUGGAACUUGGACGAAGACGGUUCGGCGAAGAAGGUAUUGAUCGCUCGCGCUAUCUCUCCCGGAGAAUGGGGUGAAAACAUUCGUGCUUACACCAUGGCUAUGACUAUGUUGGGUGCUUCCAUCUUUGCCGACUUGCCAAGCUACGCCCGUACGAUUUCAAAGCUGCAAAAGGUAUACCCUGAGUUCUGGACCCCUACGAUCAUGGCUGCGGACGAGUUGAUGCGUUCGACCAAGUUAUCGAAGUAUAAAUCUGCUACUACUGAAACGUGUGGUUCAGCCUUUGUUGAUUGUGCUAAGUACUCGGCUUUUCCGGGUUGA